AUUGACUUUUGUAUCUCACAAUAAUUAUAUACGGAGUACUACUUUCCAGUCCAAAAACCCACGUCUUGAAAAGAAACAAAUCCCCCAUCCAUCACAAGCAUUAACCCCAUUUUUGGAAGAACCUAGUAACCACAUUCACACAGAGAGACAGGGAGAGAGAGAGAGAGAGUGAGAGAGAUGGGAAGAGCUCCAUGUUGUGACAAGGCAAAUGUGAAGAAAGGGCCAUGGUCCCCUGAAGAAGAUGCAACGCUAAAAGAGUACAUAGAUAGGCAUGGGACUGGAGGGAAUUGGAUUUCUCUCCCUCAAAAAGCAGGCCUUAAAAGAUGUGGAAAGAGCUGCAGAUUGAGAUGGCUUAACUAUCUUAGGCCAAAUAUCAAACAUGGAGAGUUCUCUGAUGAUGAAGACAAGUUAAUCUGCAGCCUCUUCUCUAGUAUUGGAAGCAGGUGGUCAAUAAUAGCAGCUCAACUACCGGGCAGGACAGACAACGAUAUCAAGAACUAUUGGAACACUAAGCUCAAGAAGAAACUCAUGGGAAAAUUAGACGUCCCUCAUCAUCCCUCUCAAAACCAGAGAAAACAUCACCAAUCCCCAAAUUACCCUUCAUUUUUCCCAUUGUUUCCACCACAAUCCCCCACCCAAACUGGCUAUUUCACAGGCUAUGAGAGUCCCAUUUCAAUCCCACCAAAUUUUUUGAACUCCAGCACUGGUUUUUCCACUAAUGCCACUCCCACUGCACUUGUGCAAGCCCAAGAGAGCUAUGUGGGCCCCCUGUUUGGAGGAGGUGAAGCUAGUUCCAGCUCUGAUGGGAGUUGCAGUAACCAGGUGAUCAGAGGGAGGGAACACGAUGACUAUGGUGUACCUAGUGGUAAUGAGAAUUUGGGAUUGCAGAGUUUUUUCUUUGAUGGGUAUUCCGAUCAGAAGCCAAGUGUGUUGGGAUAUGGUGAGAGUGAUCCAGUGGAUUACAGUAGUCUUGAGGAGAUUAAGGAGCUGAUUAGCACUAGUAACGUCUGUAGCAAUCUCAACUUCUUUUGUUGAUGAAAACGACAAGAGGGAAAAAGUCCUUGUACUUGUGAUGAUGCUGCUGACUGUGUGAUCUUGAGUACAAAAUAUCAGAAAAGAUUUGAAGGGUCUCA